CUAGAAUUAAGACUCCAGAAAGCUUUCUAACUGUAUCUAAAAGUAUAUUUAGAUAUUAUUAAGAAAACUUCCAAUAAGAAGAUCGUCAUCGGCGCAGCCCUCACCGCCCUCGGUGCCGCCAACAUCAGCCACGUCACCGUUGCCUUCCUCGGCGCCCUGAGCACCGUCAUCGCAGGCCUGGUCACCUAUCUGCGCUCUCGCGGCCAGUCAAUGCGCGCUCGCAUGUUCCGCGACGACCUCGAGCGCGUCGUAGAUGAGAUAGAAAACAGCGAAAUCAUGUGGCUGGGCAUACAGAAGGGUGUACAUGGCUACGACGAGAUCGACGUCGACGAGGUCAGCGUGCGCAGCGAGGUCGCCCGCCUCACGCGUCUGUACGAUCGCGCUAUCAAGAACCACCUGCAGAGCAACCCUGAGGGGGUUUUUGAAACCUCAGUUGACCUUCGAUUUUUGACGUUUCUGACCUCCAAUUCCCGUUUUUCCGCCGAGUAUUUGAAACCGUAUCUCACCUCCAGCUUAAAACCCGAGCUGAUGACCAGGGUUUAAAGACGGCGUGGUACUAAAGGAAGACGGCGUGGAACUAAAGGAAUGUGGCUUCGGGAUGGCUAAACUUACCUAUAUUAGGUAUAGUUAGAGGUCAAAAAUCGACGUUUUUGAGCAGCAAGUAUUUUUCGCACGUCGAAAAACUCGAAUCUAUUCGAUUUCGCCU